UAAAUGUUUGUAAUCAUUUUCAGACCCCCUUUCCUUCUAGUCAUGAACAGGAAGCAACUCAAAUUGUUCUGCUGCUCAACGGUAAAUUAGGGUUUUUGGUUUCGGUUUCAGAAGAGAGUUACAGCACUCUCCAAUGGCGACCCAAUUGUCAACGACACCAUCCUCGAAGGUCGACCAAUUCUUCGAGGAGCUGGAAGCAAAGAAGACUAUCCUGGCCAAAUGCACAAACCUCUUCACCACCCUCUCCACCCACUUCUCUUCCCUCCAAAACUCCGUCACCGAUAAAUCCCAAUUUCUCGAUUCAAAGCUCCAAUCUCUCGAAUCCAUCUCCGGCGAAACCCUCCAAUCCCUCCACCGCCGCCAGACUUCCAUCCCGGAGCGCGAGUCCGCGGCAGCCGCCCGCAUCAGUGACCAGAAGGAGGCCGCUCUAGCCGAGCUUCGCGCCCCUCCUCUUACGGACCCCGACCUCUCUACCGCGCUCAAAUCCCUCUCGCGGAAGAUGGACGCUGCGGCGCUGCUGCGGUUCGUUGUGUCGAAGCGAAAGGAGUCGGCGUCGCUGAGGGCUGAGAUCGCUGAGGCAAUGGCGGAGGCGGUCGACCCGCCGCGGCUGGUGCUAGAGGCGGUAGAGGAGUUUCUGAGGAGCAAGGCGGCGAAGUCCGGGGUGACGGAUAAGAGGUGGGCGUGCGGGCUUCUGAUUCAGGCGCUGAUGGUUUCGGAAUCGAGAGAAUAUUCUAGGAAGAUAAUGGAGAGAGCCGUUGCGGUUGUGGAAAUGUGGAAGGAGCAUUUGGAUGGAGAAUCAGAUAGUGGUGCAGCAGAAGUGGUUAUGUUUCUGCAGAUGGUGGUGUGUUUUGGGUUAAGGUCCAGGUUUGAUGACGAGUAUUUGAGGAAGUUCGUUAUGGAGUUUGCUUCUAGAAGGGACAUGGCAAAGCUUGCUGCUUCCUUACAGUUCGGGGACAAGAUCAUAGAUAUUAUAGAUGAACUCAUUAGCAGUGGCAAAGAGAUAGAAGCUGUUUAUUUUGCUUCAGAAUCAGGUUUAACUGAAAGAUUUCCUCCGAUCAACCUACUCAAGUCCUAUCACCGGAACUACAAAAAGAAUGUUACUACCAUGUCGAAAAAGGGAAACAGCAAUCAUGCUACAACGGAUGAUUCAAGCACUUCAGAGUUGAAUUCCAUUAAGGCUAUAAUAAAAUGUGUAGAAGAUCACAAGCUUGAAUCAGAAUUUAACCUUGAUCAUUUGAGGAAGCGAGCUACCCUUCUUGAGAAAGCUAAGGCAGAAAGGAAAAAGAGUUCAACAUCAGGAACUAAACCUCAGAACAAACGAGGCAAUCGAGGCAAUGGAUCCAGUUCUUCCCGUCCAGCCAAAUCAGCCAAAUUUAGUAAUGCACACUCGUCAUCUUUCGGCCGCAGGAACCUAGCACCUUCUCUACAACCCAGUCCCGUUGCAAGAUUUUCUGGUCCAUUCAACUACCCCAGCCAGACCGUAUUCGAUGGUGCAACAGCUAAUCCUUACGCGGCAACCUAUGGAACUACCCACACGCAAAGUCCAGCUGGAAUAACACAACAGCACUACUCUAUUCCUGUGGACAAUUUGGGUCCAUCUGGUUACCGGUCUAGUGGUUCUUAUUCAGGACAGGCUACCUAUGGCAUAUACGAUUACAGAAAUGGUGCUCCCCUAACAUAUCCACCUCCAUACACAGUAGAUCAACCUACUUACAGGGGCUAGGUUUUCAAUUUCCCCCCUUUCCAAUCUUUCUCUGACCGUGACUCAUUUUUAUGCUACUUUCAUGUAUUCUAUUUCUGGUUUUGCCCAUGUCAAAAUUGGAAAUGAAACAAGAUCCUGGGAAGGUUUUAUUCAAAUACAUAGUAUAUGGUGCCAAGGCAAA